AUGGGCCGGGCCGGGACCGGGGGCGCGGCGCGGGCAGCGGCGGUGGCUGGGCCGCCGCUGCUGCUGCUGCUGCUGCUGCUAACUCGGUCCCCGCCGGCCACCGCCGGCGAACACAAGAAGAGCGUGGUCGGGCUGGUGUCAGAGCACUUCUCCCAGGCCCCGCAGAAGCUGUCCUCCUACAGCUGGUACGGCAGCAUCCGGCUCUUCCAAUUCCGUGUGCCCCCAGACACUGUGCUGCUGCGCUGGCUGUUGCACGUGUCCUGGGGCAGCGGCACACCCUGCACCGAUGUGGAGAUCACCGUGCACUUCCGCCAUGGGGCCCCUCCCGUUGUCAACCCGCUGGGCACCAGCUUCCCCAACAAUACCAUCCAGCAGCCCUCCUUCCAAGUCAGGGCACUGCUGAGCUCCAUGCUGCUGGACAACACCUCUGUGAAUGUCUCCCACCCAGCCCCUGGGGACUGGUUUGUGGCCGCCCAUCUGCCCCCCUCCUCCCAGAAGAUCGAGGUACAGGGCUUUGCUCCCACCUGUGCCUACGUCUUUCAGCCUGACAUGCUGGUCAUGCGGGCGAUGGAGGUCUCCAUCCUGGAGCCUGAUGUGCCCCUUCCACAGACUCUCCUCUCCCACCCCAACUACCUCAAGAUCUUCGUCCCUGAGUAUACCCAGGAGCUUCUGCUGGAGCUGCAGGGCUGUGUGUCCAGUGGGAGCCUGGGCUGCCCUGUGCGUCUCACGGUGGGCGGGGCCACCCUUCCCAGCAACUUCCAGAAGGUGCUGACCUGCACAGACCCCACACUGUCCUGUCGUCUGUUGCUGCCGUCACCACCCUGGGGCCGGUGGCUACAAGUAACAGCUGAGAGCCUGGCGGGGCCCCAGGUGUCAGUGGCCUUCAUAGCCCAAGCUGCCCUCACAGCCUGCAGGCCAUGGAGCAUGACCUUCCAGCGCCUUCUGCGAAACAGCCCAAACCAGAGCCAUGAUACCUCCGUGGGCCAGCUGUCCCCAGGCCCUGCCCAUCAGGGCCUGGGCAGGAGCAGUGGGGUGGGCGGUGGCGCCUUCUGCCUCCUGAGCUUCCCGGUCAUGAGGGAGGACAUAGACACAGUGUCUGUGCGCUUUCAGCCCAUGGACGGGAUCUCGGUGCUGGUGCGUUCUGACGCUCCCUCCCUCUUGCGGCUCCGCCUGGACACCGGCAUGGACAGUGGGGGUUCCCUCACCAUCACCCUGAGGGUCAACAAGACCGAGGUCUCAGGGGACACCUUGGUGGUGGCCUGUGUGAAUGCUGCCUCAGCCUUCCUCAGCUUCAACACUUCACUCAACUGCACCACAGCCUUCUUUCAGGGUUACCCCUUAUCUCUGCGUGCCUCCUCUCCUGUGGCCAACCUCAUCAUCCCCUACCCAGAGACAAGCAGCUGGUACCUCUCCCUGCAGCUCCUGUGCCCUGAGAGUCCUGGGGUCUGUGAACAGGCCAUGGUCCAUGUAGAGACCGUACUGUACCUGGUGCCAUGUUUGAAUGACUGCGGACCUUAUGGCCAGUGCCUCUUGCUGCGAAGAUAUAGCUACCUGUAUGCAGGUUGCAGCUGCAAGGCAGGCUGGCGUGGGUGGAGCUGCACUGACAACAGCACGGCCCAGACGGUGGCCCAGCAGAAGGUGGCCGCACUGCUGCUCACCCUGAGCAACCUCAUGUUCCUGGUCCCCAUCAUGUUGUCUGUGCAGCGUGCCUUCUUAGUGGAGGCCUCUGUCUACUUCUACACCAUGUUCUUCUCCACGUUCUACCACGCCUGUGACCAGCCAGGGGAGGCGGUGUUGUGCAUCCUCAGCUAUGACACACUGCAGUACUGCGACUUCCUGGGCUCUGGGGUGUCCACCUGGGUCACGAUCCUCUGCAUGGCCAGGCUGAAGACAGUCCUGAAACACGUCCUGUUUCUCCUGGGCACAUUGGUCAUCGCCAUGUCCCUGCAGCUGGAUCGCAGAGGCAUUUGGAACAUGAUGGGGCCCUGCCUCUUUGCUUUUAUGAUCAUGGCCUUCAUGUGGGUACAGCGCUGCAGGCACCGGCACCAAUGCUACCCGACGUCAUGGCAGCGCUGGGCCUUCUGCCUCCUACCUGGUAUCUCCAUGGCCUCUAUGGGCGUAGCCAUCUAUACCUCCAUGAUGACCAGUGACAACUAUUACUACACUCACAGCAUCUGGCACAUACUGCUGGCUGGGAGUGCAGCUUUCCUGCUACCACCACGGGAGGAGCAGACUGAGCCCUGGACCUGCUCACAGAAAUUCCCCUGCCACUAUCAGAUCUGCAAGAACAAUCAGGAUGAGCUAUACACAGUGACUUGACGUAGCCAGCUUGGGGACACCUGCUACUGUAACUUCUUCAGUCAGGAGCAGGACCAAGGGAGAGGAGCCCUGUCCAGCCCUGUCCAAACUAGUUCCUAACGAAAUAAAAUUGCCCUGAGACCUUAGCUCCCUCCUCUAGAAGAAGGGAUCACCACUCCCCAACUCAACCAGCUCCCUUGCUUCUGCUGCUGAAGUCCUCUGCAGGUCUCAGCAAUUUCUGCAGUGGCCCCUGGAAACCACAGGUACCAUGUGCUCUGCUGGCCUGAAAUGGCCAGAGAUGUAGAGAAGACUCCCUGUUCCCCUGUAAAGUUGUGAUGUGAGACCCACAUGGCCAAAGAGACCCCAGUCCACUGAGGGUGGCAGCUGGGCAUUCCUAGCAUCCCUUACAUUCUGCCCCUGAAUGCCAGCUGCCUCAGGUAUGGCGACACCCCCACCCCCAGUGGCAGCAGCUGCAGUGGGAGAAACCAAGAUCACCAAAGAGCUGAUUGACCCUCAAGGAUACAGCAGAGCCCUGCCCUUCCCCUGCUCUCUGCAGUGGAUCCAUCAUCCUGAGGAGAGCCUCCUGGGGAGGAGGCUACUCAGCAGCUCUGAAGGCCCCAGGAGGCACACUGUUGCAAGGCACUUGUGUACUGCUCACUCCAAGGUCCCUGCCUUGUCCGGUGAGCAUCCUUUUGGGCUGCCCCCUGCACAAGGCCCACUGAAGCUUGGGGAGGAGUCUCUGGAGACUCAGCCCAGCCUUCCUGCUCCUGAGAGCUCUGCCCCCAGACCUAAGUGCUGUUUCCCUUUGAGUGGGGAAAAGGCCCCUGGAAAGCUGGUGCUGACGAGGACCAGGAGGCGGCCCUUCCAGCUCUGGGGGGCUUUCUCUCUGGGCCUGUCCAGGGCCAGGUCUUCUGGAGUUCCACCAGCCCCAGGCACCUUGCACACAGCCACCAAAGCAUUCCCAACCUCUAAGAGGAGAAACAUGCAUAUAUGGUGUUUCAGGGGGUAAAAUAUUCCAAGGCAUAAAGACAUAUUUUUAUGUGAUUGGUGAAUUUAA